UGAAGACAUGAAGUUACACGGAGUCGCCGCUUCAUUUCCAAAACUCUCUAUUGCUGCUCUGUUCUUCGCCGCUUGUCUCUUCCCCUGUUCUUCCGCUCUUAAGGUCGGGCAAUCCUGCACUUCGAACCAAAGCUGUGGCGCGGGUUUGCUCUGCCAAGCAUGCCCUGCAAACGGAAACAUUAAUCCAAGAUGUACUCGGACCCAGCCGGUCAUUCCCACCACCAAGGUAUAUGGGCUACCCUUUAAUCAUUAUUCAUGGCUAACGACGCACAACUCCUUUGCCCUUUUGGGAGCAAAGUCGGAUACGGGUGCUGCUAUCCUCUCUCCUGAAAACCAGGAAGAUUCCAUCACCAGUCAGCUCAAUAAUGGCAUUAGGGGUUUGAUGCUUGAUUUGUAUGACUAUGAGAAUGAUAUCUGGUUGUGUCACUCCUAUGGCGGAAAAUGCUACAACUACACUGCAUUUCAACCUGCUAUUAAAAUUUUGAAAGAGAUUCAAGCUUUUCUUGUUGCAAACCCUUCAGAGAUCGUCACCAUUAUUAUCGAAGACUAUGUCACUUCCCCACAGGGAUUGACUAAGGUCUUCAAUGCUUCAGGCCUCACGAAUUUCUGGUUUCCUGUGGCUCGGAUGCCCAAAAAUGGUGGAGAUUGGCCAACGGUUGAUGAUAUGGUGAAGCAGAAUCAACGUUUAGUGGUUUUCACCUCUAAAUCAGAUAAAGAGGCAUCUGAGGGAAUUGCAUAUGAGUGGAACUAUCUCGUAGAGAACCAAUAUGGUAAUGGUGGGAUGAAAGCGGGUUCCUGUCCAAACCGUGCAGAAUCAUCUCCCAUGAACACAGCGACCAGAUCACUUGUCCUCCAGAACUAUUUCCCUGAUGCCCCAAAUCAGGCGGAGGCUUGCAAAGAUAAUUCAGCUCCACUUAUGAACAUGAUGAACACUUGCUACAAAGCAGCUGGGGAUCGGUGGCCAAACUUCAUAGCUGUUGAUUUUUAUAAGAGGAGUGAUGGAGGGGGUGCCCCAGAAGCUGUAGAUGUAGCUAAUGGUCAUCUAGCGUGUGGCUGUACCAACAUCGCCUAUUGUAAGAAAAAUGCGACCUUCGGAACAUGUGAAAUUCCAGCUUCAGCCCCAGAAUCUAGUCCUGCUCCUUCAACUUCAACCAGAACAGCGGAUCCAUAUAAAGAUACCAGCGUUGCUGCUUCCAUGGGUAGAAGACCGUUUCAACUGUGCUGGUUGGUUCACUUGGUUGAUGUGGUCUCAAUGACUGCUCUUUCCUUGUUACUCUGGUCAUAAUUUCUCUCAGAUUUAGCUCCCCAUUUCCUUUUCUUUUAUU